AUGAGUUACGCGUAUCUUUUCAAAUACAUUAUUAUCGGCGACACCGGAGUCGGGAAAUCAUGCUUACUUCUCCAGUUCACGGACAAACGAUUCCAACCGGUGCACGAUCUUACUAUUGGUGUCGAGUUUGGUGCACGAAUGAUCAACAUUGAUGGAAAACAGAUCAAACUCCAAAUCUGGGAUACGGCAGGACAAGAGUCAUUUCGCUCAAUCACGCGCAGCUAUUACCGCGGCGCUGCUGGCGCUCUUUUAGUCUACGACAUUACCAGGAGAGACACAUUCAACCAUCUUACUACUUGGUUAGACGAUGCUAGGCAGCACAGUAGCUCCAAUAUGGUCAUCAUGCUAAUCGGAAAUAAAUCAGAUCUCGAAAGUCGGCGCGAAGUGAAGAGAGAAGAGGGUGAAGCAUUCGCACGGGAACACGGCCUCGUCUUCAUGGAGACCUCAGCGAAAACAGCGGCCGGAGUAGAAGAAGCGUUUAUUAACACUGCUCGAGAAAUAUACGAGAAAAUUCAAGAAGGCGCAUUCGAUAUUAACAACGAGGCAAACGGAAUCAAGCUUGGGCCACAGCAUCAGUCUGGCGCAGGAAUGCCCAACAGUAGAGGGCAACAAAAUCAAGGUGGCGGCUGUUGCUAA